GUUGAGUCCGCAAAUGCCCGGCUCAAUUCCAAGAGUCUCAGUUGGAUUCAGACAUGAAGUUGAGGUCGACUUAAAUGGAACGAUCAAACUUGUAGAUCUAGUGGAUUAUGAAAAGACCGUGUGUCAAGAAACUUGGAAAAUUUUAAUAAAUCUUGUUGAUAAAAUAAAAACCAAGAAGAUUAAAGCUUCAUUUUUCAACGCGACACCUCAAGGUGGCGGGGUUGCUCUUAUGCGUCACGCGCUCAUUCGCCUUUGUCGUUUCUUUAAAUUGGAUAUUCACUGGUUCGUGGCCAAGCCAAGCCCUGAAAUUUUUGAUAUUACGAAGAGGAAAUUUCAUAACAUUUUACAGGGUGUAGAACCUCCAAAUACGCGUCUGACACAAAAUGAUAAAGAUGCAUUUAUAGCUUGGUCAAAUAAUAAUGUUGAACUCUUCUGGGGUUAUGAAGAUGGGCCAAUUAAAACAAGUGACGUCAUUAUUAUUGACGAUCCGCAAGUUUGUGCUAACCUUAUUAGGGAUAAUCCAACUGGUCCCCAAGCGGAAGUUUGGAAUUUUCUUUGGGAAUUUAUUUCCCAAGCUGAUCUUUUUAUAUCUCAUCCUAUUGAAAAUUUUGUGCCAGACAACGUUCCUCCCGAAAAAGUUGUCCUUCUUCCAGCGUCUACAGACCCAUUAGAUGGGUUGAACAAAAACCUGAGCCAAUCAGAUCUGGAAUAUUAUAAAUUGGUUUAUAAUAGAUUGUCUAUUGACCAAUGUGAUGUUGAAAUUAAUUUUAAUAGACCUUAUAUUAUUCAAAUUGCAAGAUUUGAUCCUAGUAAAGGCAUUCCACUUGUAAUCGAAUCAUUCAAGAUUUUCCGUGACAAACUUAAAAGAGAGGGCUGGUCCCCUGAUAAGAUGCCUUCACUUAUAAUUUGUGGGGCCAGUAGUAUUGAUGACCCAGAUGGCACUCCAAUGUUUGAGCAAACUUACUUGUCAUUGCAUCGACCUGAAUAUGCUGACAUUGUGGAUGACGUGUCUAUUGUUCGUCUUCCAGCAUGUGAUCAGAUAUUUAACACCAUGCUAAGGUGUGCUCGUGUCGCAUUGCAGCUUAGUACGAAAGAAGGUUUCGAGAUUAAAGUUACGGAGGCCUUGGCUAAAGGCGUUCCAGUGAUAGCAGCUAGAGCAGGUGGUAUUCCGCUUCAAAUAAAACACGAAGAAACAGGAUUUCUUGUUGAUGUUGGCGAUACAGCUCAAGUAGCUGAUUAUCUAUUUGCUCUAUUCACAAAUGAUGAACUAUAUCAAAAGAUGUCAUUUUUAGCAAAAUCAAUUAUGAAUGAACAAUAUUUUACAGUUUUCCAAACUUUAAAUUGGUUAUAUUUAAUUGACCAUUUUGCAUCAAUAAGAAUGAAUAUUUCGAAAGAAACAAGUGAUGGUUAUGAUGAUACUGUGAUAGGCAACUAUAAAUGGGUUAAAGAACUUUGGGCAGAACAAUAUGGAUUUACGGAUUGUAAAUCACUUGGUUGUAAUUGA